AUGCCCGCCGUAUUUGAGAUCCCCGUCUUCUCGGCGGCAGCGGCCAAAGUCGCCGUCGAACACGGCGCCACGCGCCUCGAAGUCAACCGCACAGGCUCCUAUGCUGCUGGCGGACUCACACCGACACGUGCUGAAGUUGAGGCCGUGUCGUCGGCUCUUGGCCCCACGUCAACCGUCCCAUUGCGCGUCAUGAUCCGACCGCGGGGGCCGCCGUCGUCGGAUUUGGGCGAGCCCGACUUCUUGUAUACCGACGACGAGUUUCGCGAGAUGCGCAGCGACCUCGAAGCCUUUGUAGCCAGUGGUUUGUUACGAGCAACGCGCGGCGACGGCUUUGUCUUUGGCAUUCUUGCGAGAGAAGACGGCAAAGAUGGGCAAGUCCGCAUUGACGCCGACCGCAAUCGCCAGCUCGUGCAGGCCGCCGAGCCGUACGCAUGCGUCUUCCAUCGGGCGUUCGACCUGGUUCUGGGCAGCGAUGCGACAAACCACGCGGCCGAAGAAGGGUUGGCUGCCCUGCGCGACUGUGGCUUUGCGGGCGUGCUGACAGCCGGCGGGCCGGGCAAGGGCGGCGCUGUCGACCAUGCAGACACAUUGCAGGCACUGGUCGCUGCCGAACGGGACGUGGCCGGCGCAGCCCAGGCGCGGCCACAUGCGAGCAUUGAGAUUGUCGUGGGCGGUGGUGUGCGCAGCCAGAAUGUGAGCACGCUGGAAAAGGCCAUUUUGGGUGCGAAAAAGGAGGAGGGCCGCCACACCAGCGUGGUGUCGUUCCACUCAUCGUGUCUGGAAGACGCGGCAGCAGCAACGGCAAAGGGUGCCGAGGCCGAGACGGUUAGCGGCGAGGAGGUCCGCCGGAUACAUGCGGCGCUGGGAUCUGUGGAGGGAUGGUAG